CGACAAUAUGGCAAGCAGUCCAAGAAAUCCAACGCUGAACGGAUGUUUGCAGAACUGGUCCAGGCUCCAGUUCGAGAGGCCCCAGCAAAGCAAGAAGCAAAGCAAAAUGCAAAGCCACUUGACGAUCAAAUUGUUCCUUUGACCAAAAGGCUAUCUGAAGUAACAAUUUUAGAGAGUCCCACACGUCAGGCCAAACCAAGGAGAGUUUCAAAGAAAGAUGCAUCGAUUGUGGAAGACGAGUUCGAGGAACCCGAUGUCAUUGAGCUCAAGCGAGAUUCUGUUCAGGGGCUCAAGCCACCUACCAUUAAAAAAGACGCUGCGGCGAAAAAGAUUCAAGUAGUAGAGGACAAAGUUGGCAUACACAAAAAGGAUGAACCUAGAGAGAAGAGGACACGCACGAGCAAGCGCAUUUCUCCGAAUAAGAAUGAAUCCUCGUUGCGAGUUCUCACAUGGGGCGAUGUCUGCCCUCCAGGAGACCAGAUCGUCAAGAUUGCCGAGGCCUCAUCCGCAGAGGUAUAUCGAAUUACCAACAAACGAGGCACAAGCAUCAUCAAGGCCAUUCGACUACCAUCACCAAUCAAGGCCCUAACAAAGACACAAGUGGCAUCUGGCCUCAUUGACGAGGAGCCGCAUUCAGAGAGCGAUGUCGACAAUGAAUUGCAGAUUUCCGAGUGGCUCUCUGACAUUCCGGGAUUCGCCGUUUACAAAGAGCGGUACAUUGUCCAGGGCAAGACGACGAGUGAGCUUCUCGAAACGCAUCAAACAGUCCAGAAGAAGAUGAAGAGGGAAGAUCCGGGUAGGGCGCAGUAUUACCCGUCACCGAGCCGGUACUUGGAUGAUACCAAGUUCCUGGUAGUGGAGCUUGGGGACGCAGGCAAAUCUCUGGAAAACUGGCAAUUGGACAGCACGGAUCAAUUAUGGGACAUUUUUCUAUUGGAGGCGAUUGCAUUGGCCAGGGCCGAAGAAGUUGCCAUGUUCGAGCAUCGCGAUCUGCACGAGGGUAAUCUCUGUGUUAAGCAGGCUCGCCCUCCCAAGAAGAGGGAUCCCAACGCAGAUGGGUUCUUUGGCUAUUCGGGUCUUGAAAUCACAAUCCUGGACUACGGCCUCUCGCGAGCCGAAGACCUAACAAACGACGAUUCUACACCCAUUGUAUACGACCUAGAGAGAGAUCUCAGCUUAUUUACUAGCACCUACAACCCGCAGUGUAAAGUCUAUCGGCAGAUGAGGUCCUUCUUGCUUCGAGCUGACCGAGAAUGGCUUCCCCCAGAAGCUCACCACGUUCCGUAUGCCAAGGGUAUUGAUGGACCGCUUUCUUGGGACGCAUAUGCCCCGUACACGAAUGUGCUUUGGCUGGCUUAUACCUACGAAUACAUGGUGGACCACUUCGAAGGCAGUAAGAAAGAGCUUACAAAAUUCAAGAAGGACACGGCAGAACUAUGGAAAUAUUUGAAUCCGGACGCUCCGAAAGAUGUGCCUUCUUUUGGAUGUGCCGCCGAUGUAGCCUGCUUUGCGUUGGAUGCUGGCUGGAUACGAGAAGAAGAGCUUCUGGGAGCAUCAACCUCUGUGAUAGAUCGGGAGGACAGCAUCAUUGUUACGAGGAAUGCAGCGAAUGUC